AUGAAAUUAACGAGGAGACCUCAGAGGCCAAUCAAAGCUUUGAAAAGGGCUCCUUACUACCUUGCUUCAAUAGCUCUGUUGUACAUAGUGUUUGGCAUCGCGAUUAAGCAUGGCUCAAACGAACCAAGAGCCCCUUCCGCUCAAGAAUCGAGCAGUUUUUCGAAGAAAGACUACUACGAAAACUUCUUGCAGCGUUUGCCUGUCUCACGGAUGGGGCAGGACUCGAUUUCGCAAAUUAAUUUUGAAACUCGAGCUGGAAGCAGAAGAUUUACGCAGAAAGAUGAGCUCGGCAAGACGCUUGUACCAGCUCGUAGUGGACACGAGGUGGAGCCUGGCCGCGAGGUGUUACUACCCGUUGCGUCAUCUUUCCGACAAUGGGAGCGCUCUUUAUCUACUGAAGAAAGAUGGUCCCACUCACUUGCCGCGACCAUGGCGUUUGUUUCUAAGCUCGUACGCAUGGGGUUCAAGCACCCGGUCGUCCCGUUUUCCUGGAGGGACUGGCAUGACACCUCUGAAAUCACAAAGACUAAAGUUUCAGGCCUAAGCUCUGAAUAUUUCGAAGUUGCAGAGUCGGAAGCAAUCAAAGCCGCAAGAGGUGCGCGUUUCCUUUAUUUGGAUGGCGUGGCAAUUAACAAGAUGGUCGUUCUGUACAAUGAAAGUUGCAUUGAGCUCAAUGCAAGGAACCUCGACAGCAGAAAGAGCGCAAUAUUUGACCCGGAAUCCGGGAUGCUGAGCGACAUUCGCGAGCUUGAAUCUCAGCGAGGCCCAGCCUUUUUCAAUAUGAGCUCUGUCAAACAAGACAUUUCCUUAAAUAGUCAGGACCAUCAGUCUGCGUCUAGAGAGCCUCUUCCAAGCAACCAUGAGGACAGUGCCAAAUUACACCCAACAAAACCAAUUAGCCUACCCAAAAUUGAGACGCGCCGCAAUUUCAAGUACCAUGGGAAGGAAGAAGGAGUUAUCGAGCUAAUCGAAGAAGACUUCGACUUGGACCUGUCUAACCGUAUCGAAGAGAUGUCCCAAAUCUCGAUCUGUGACGAAUACAAUGGGAAAAACAUCACCGUAGCCGAGUCGGCGUUUCUCCAGCACCUAGCUUUCAGGCAUACUGAAAUGCUGCGCGAGACUUCACGCAGCCUGAACGAGAAACAUCAAACAAAGUUCUUCAAUGAAGUGAAACUCGACUCUAAGGACCGGGAAAUUUGGGGCCAAGGAUGUCAUCAUGAUUGGAGGUUUUUUAGGUCUAUUACUCCCCAACAGCAACGGCUGCAAGUGUUACAUCGAAUGACGCGAGCUUGGCAGAGUUUCGCAAGUCAUCAAAAAAUCAUCUACUGGUUGGCGCACGGGAACUUGUUGAGCUGGUUUUGGCAAGGAACUAACUUCGAAUGGGACUACGAUAUUGACAUACAGGUGCCUAUGAGACACAUGGAGUUUUUGUCUGCAAACUUCAACAAUUCCAUCAUUAUUUCAGACGACGAAGGAUACGUUGGGAGGUACUACUUAGAAGUCAAUCCGCUCUAUGCUGACAAAAAUCGUGGCUCGGGAAUGAAUGUGAUUGAUGCUCGCUUUAUUGAUGUUGACACAGGUCUCUAUAUCGAUCUAACUUCAAUAUCCAAUGUAGUGGACAGCGCAGGUUCCCAUUUUGGCGACAAAAACUACCAUUCUUACCAGUCCUUCAGCUACUUGAACCCUUUGCGAGAGACCAUGUAUGAAGGGUCUAAGACGUAUAUACCGGCCGCCGUUCAAAACAUUUUGAGUGAUGAAUAUCCUAGUGGGCUCUCCAAGAUGGAAUACAAAGACUACGUGUACAAUAAAACUAUAUCUGGAUGGAUAUCUAAUUCAAAAAACCCUAACAUGAUCCCGGAGCCUCUAAAGAUUAUGUGGAAGCGCCACCAGCUCGAGAUAGCAGCUCUGUGUCCUCUUGAAGGAUUCAAAGACACUAAAAGUUGUAAGGAUAGAACAACUUCUGAAUCAGGAAAAAAAAAUUGA